AUGACGGAGGAACAUCUCGAGAUAUCCCCGUCCGCGCUAUCGCUCGAGGCUAUCGUCGCGCGCGUCCGCGCGGACGCCGCGGGGGCCAUCUCCACGUUCGUCGGCGUCACGCGCGACACCUUCGAGGGAAAGAAGGUCUCGACGCUCGAGUAUGAGGUGCGUCCCAUACACUGGUUCCCAUACGACCGCGUUGGCGUGGUGAACGCCGAUCCUUAA